GCCUCCUCGCCCUGCCCACUCCCCGGCGUCUAAACACAGGUGGGAGCGGGAGAUCCCGACAGGUGAGCCCCGCGCCCAGCAGUCGCAAGGAUGGAGUUCGUCAAGUGUCUAGGCCACCCGGAGGAGUUCUAUAACCUGCUGCGAUUCCGCAUGGGAGGCCGGCGGAAUUUUAUACCCAAGAUGGACCAGGACUCACUCAGCAGCAGCUUGAAGACCUGCUACAAGUAUCUCAAUCAGACCAGUCGCAGCUUUGCCGCGGUUAUCCAGGCGCUGGAUGGGGACAUACGGCACGCCAUAUGUGUGUUCUACCUGGUUCUCCGAGCCCUGGAUACAGUGGAGGAUGACAUGAGCAUCAGUGUGGAGAAGAAGAUCCCACUGCUGUGUAACUUCCACACUUUCCUCUAUGACCCAGAGUGGCGGUUCACUGAGAGCAAGGAGAAGGACCGACAAGUGCUGGAGGACUUCCCCACGGUACUGGGCUCUCUGGGCAUAGGCUGUCGAUAAUUGCCAGUGCAGUUGUCGGUACUGGGCUCUGGGCAUAGGCUGUUGAUAAUUGGCAGUGCAGUUGUCGGCCCCUGAGCUGAGAGAAAGGUGAUGUGAACACUCUGAGGGCAGCUGAGAGUCCAAAGCCAGACUUUUUCUGCUUGGAAUCCUAACUUGGUAAUUGGUGGUGAGGCAUAUAGCCCCUUCCUACCUCGGUUUCCCUCUGUAUGGUAGAGACGAUAACAGCUCCCCAGUUCUGGUGGUGGUGAUACUCUGAGGGCAGCAUGGCUGUGACCCUUGCUUCAGGCUGUUAUUGAGAAGUCCCAGGUCCAUUCUUACAGAAGGAUCUGAAAUUCACACUUCAGGUCUGAAGAACUAUCAGAACAUUAAAAGACAAAAAGGUAGAUCUCCAGACCGGAUCACAUGGGCCUGGUGACUGUAGUGUAGCCCGCAGUGAGGGUCGCUGCUCAAUGUAGCUCACAGCUUUGGGCGGGGCGUGGGCUUCUGUAGCAGCUGAGGUGAGAUCUUUGGCCCUUUCUUAAAUAGGUUCUGACUCAGUGUUCCAACUACUUGAGUUGGAUAAUUUCUUAUGUAUAAAGUUCUUAGCGCAGUGCCUGGUGCGCGCUAAGUAUUCUGUAGGUAUCAGCUCUUGAGAUGGAGUCUAGGUGGAGCCCCAAGCUUUAGGGCCCUGAAGUUCAAGGUGCACGUGGACCUCACUUCUAGAAUUUGCAUGUUCAGCAAAGUCACGUGUUUGCUGAUACCCUAGAGAGGACAUUUAUCUUGUGCAUAGUGUUCUAGAGUGUUGGAGAACAGUUUUUAUGUAAUUUUUACAAUAAAGGAAUGUAGUCUGUACUUCUGUGUAGGAGGGAGUUGAUUGAAGAGAGGGGAGCCCAGCAAGGUUUGAGAAAGAUGGGCUGUUUCCAACUUGCUGAGAUCAUGUUUUCAGGGUAAAGACUAAAAUAUAGUAUGCUGUGCCCUGAAAGUUCCUAGGACGUCUGCAGGUUACUGAGGACCCUGAGGCUCUAGGGCAGGCACUGGUGCAGUGGUGUCCUGGGGUGCCUGAUGGCCAGCGAAUUCAGUUACUCUGAGGACCAUACAGAAGCUCACUGGUGAGCCUUUGAGUCCUCCGAAUGUAGAUGAAGGGCUGGGACCCACUUGGUUAAGUUCUUAGGAACAGAAGUGGGUUUUGUUUUAGUUGUUUUUCUCUUCAGCACUAGGUGCGAAACCCAGGGCCCUCUGAUCACUGGGUACUCUGUUACUGCUCUUUAUCCUCAGCCUGCCUAGUUUUUCCUUUGGAGACAGUUUCUCAGUAAUUUGCCCAAGCUGACCAUGAACUCACUUUAUUUUAGGCUGCCCUUGAACUUAUAACCCUCCUACCCCAACUUCCUGAGUAAUUAGAUUUGUCUCCAACAAUACAUUUUCCUUUGUUUUUUUGUUUUUUGUUUUUUUGUUUUUGAAGCAGGGUUUUACUAUGUUGCCCUAGCUGGUCUGGAGCUGACAGUGUAUAGACUAGGCUGGUCUCGAACUCAUAGAGCUCUACCUGCCUCUGUUUCUCCUGAUGCUGGAAUUGAAGGUGUGUGCUACCAAACUACUUUUCAUGUAGGGACAUUAUACCCUUUAAAGACUUUCUGGUCAUGGGAUAAUUUUAUUAUAUGUAUCAUAAAAAUUCAAGGUAGUGUCAUCUACCCACCAGAAAGAACACAAACAUGUAAAAAUGCUAGUCAUUUGGGGGAGCUAGAUAAAUUUCAGAUCCCCAUCUAGUAAGUUUGUACCGCCCACCUGCCUUUGCCUGUGGCAAUCCAGUGGGAAGAGAAUACCCUGCUUUGGAAGGUUUCAAAGGUGGGCAGUGAAUUGAUCUUGAUCUCUUCCUGUUUGACCGAGAGUUUGGAAGUAGUGAACCGUCCCGGGGGAGAGAAAGGGAGCUGGAGGUACAGGCCAGAUGCCGCUGGGUAAUCGUUCAUGUCCUGAUGAGUGGGAAGCAUUGUAAAGUCGUGUUUUGUACCUGGAUGGGAGACCCUCUGGCUCUGGGGAUCAUCUUAACACAGGAGGACAUGGAAAAGUGUGUUCAGAGAGGUUGUAGAGGAAGACUGGCUCUGGGAUAGCUCUAGGAGUAAAGGGUCGCUCAGUGCUACACACAGAGCUGCAGUAGGAGGGGAAGGGGACUAAGUGUGCUGGUUUGGAACAAAACUGUAAGGUACCAGGCAUCUUAAACUCAAACCUAGAGGGUCCAGGUUCUUGCAAAAUAUGCUUGUCCAUUCUGGGUAGAUAGAGUGUACUUUAGAGGACAAUUUUAUUAGCGCUCUCGCUUGCUCACUAAAUAUUGCAUGUACUCUUGUUUGAACUCUGUUUAUUUGAUGCACGUCUGUGCCCAGAGAGCCCAUGAAUGAGCCUGUGCUGCCUCUUGUUUGUCUGCCUCAGCCUUUGAAAUGUGCCAGCACCCCUGGCUUAUACUUACAGUGCGUGUGGUAAGCCUAUACUUUGUGCAUUUUUUGCAUAUGAGGGAAAUGGAGGUAUGAGAAAAAAGUUCUUUGCCUAAAUAGGGAGUCAGGAUUGGAACCCAGGGUGCUCAGAAACCUCGUGCUUGACCCUUGUGUCUCUUUAUUUAAAGAUUGGCAGCAGAGUAAGCUGGAGCAGUGGAGGCAGGAGGAAUAGGAGUUCGAGGCUAGCCUCGGCUGGGCGUGUUUUAGGCCAGGAUAUAUGUAAACUUGUCUGGAAAACAAACAAAAAAGCUCAAAGGACGGGAAAAGGUUAAAACCUGCCAGGCAUGUUGGCAUCAGGCAUGUUGGCAUGCAUCAGGGAGUCCAGAGAAGCAAAGGUAGGAGGACCGUUUGUCAGUAUCCAGUAUGGAAUGAAAGCCUGUCUCGAGGGGGAGGGGUUAGAACAACAAAAUGGCUUUAAUCAUAACUUUCCCCAGACCUUCUCUAAGGGGAGGAGUUUGCUUUGAGAGUCAAUGGAAGUGCCAUAAACCUCUUGCCUUGUUUGGGAUUUGGUCUUUAUUGUCCCAGGAGACUUAUCACCAUAAUGUGCCUGCAUGUUCUUGGAAUGGCCAGCAAGUGAUACAGGGAGUGUGCCUUUCUUGUGGCUUGAUCCCCCAAGGGUGGGAGAAGCCCUUGUGGUCUGUGUCCCACUGCAGAGCCUGAAGGAAAAAGUCGUUUCCCUCAGGGUUCCAGCAGGACAGAGUUCCUGUUUCACUGGGUACUUCUUGUUCUCAUUUGCUUCAGUUCUAUAAUUAUAUUUAAAAUUUUGAAAUUCUAAAGGCCACUAAGGAUAAUCAGGUGCCCUGUUUGAGGUGUUUGUUUUCCUGUCCUCACUGACCUGUCCCCUUAUAAACAGAACUGCCCUUGCCACAGCAGUGUGGCUAGAAACAUUUUUGAGGAGGCACAGGGACUUGACUCCCGGGAGAGUGUUAAAUGGUUCCAGUCUUUGGCUCCAACUUGGAUCAGCUGUCCUAGAAAGAAGAGAGUUCUGAAAGACCAGGCUGAUUUUUAUGUAAUUUGAGGAGGGAGGAGUUAGUAGUCGAUGUUUAUCAGAGAUGACAUGGCUGCUCUGUGGCCAGCUGGUAUGCCCUUGUCCCUUCCUGAGAAGUGUGUCUGGCUUCUCUUACACAGCUCUCUCACAUGAGGUCUUAACAUCACCUGUUCACAGUUCAGCUUCGUGAUAACAGCUCAGCUGUUCUUUAUAAACUUUCAUGGAGGGGCCAGCUGUGGUGGAGCACACCUGAAGAGAGCCUGAGGCAGGGGCAUUGUGAGUUGGAUGUCAACUGGGGCAACAUAGUGAGACUUUGCCUCAAAAAUAAAUAAAGUUUUGCUGUGUUUAUGUUGUAUGUUGAUAACUUUUAAAUGCUCUUCUGAGCUUGAGAUAAUUGUGUAGUAGUAAUGUAUUUCCAAACCAGUCAGUACUGCGUUUUUCUAUGGAUCUCGGGCUUACAAGGAAGACGGCGCUGGGCAGCAGACAUAGAGUUAAACUGACCUUCUUGGAGUGAGAAAGACACUGGCUUCAUGGGUCCUUGGGGAACCUGACUAUCCAGGGAAGCGGCUGUCCAUCCCUGGCCUAUCUCCCUGGAGUUUAGAAAUUUGGCUGAGAAAUAUCAAACAGUGAUCGAUGACAUCUGCCACCGGAUGGGGUGUGGGAUGGCAGAAUUUGUAGACAAGGAUGUGACCUCCAAACAGGACUGGGACAAGUACUGCCACUACGUUGCUGGGCUGGUGGGAAUUGGCCUUUCUCGUCUAUUCUCUGCCUCAGAGUUUGAAGACCCCAUAGUUGGUGAAGACAUAGAGUGUGCCAACUCAAUGGGUCUGUUCCUGCAGAAAACAAAUAUCAUUCGUGAUUAUCUGGAAGACCAACAGGAAGGAAGGAAGUUUUGGCCUCAGGAGGUGUGGGGCAGAUACAUUAAGAAGUUGGAAGACUUUGCUAAGCCAGAGAACGUAGAUGUGGCCGUGCAGUGCUUGAAUGAACUCAUAACCAACACCCUACAGCACAUCCCUGACGUCCUCACCUACCUGUCAAGGCUCCGGAACCAGAGUGUGUUUAACUUCUGUGCUAUUCCACAGGUAAUGGCCAUUGCCACACUGGCUGCCUGUUACAAUAACCAGCAGGUAUUCAAAGGAGUAGUGAAGAUUCGGAAGGGGCAAGCAGUCACCCUCAUGAUGGAUGCCACCAACAUGCCUGCCGUCAAAGCUAUCAUAUACCAGUACAUAGAAGAGAUUUAUCACCGGAUCCCCAACUCAGACCCAUCAUCAAGCAAAACCAAGCAGGUCAUCUCCAAGAUCAGGACACAGAACCUUCCCAACUGCCAGCUCAUCUCCCGAAGCCACUACUCCCCCAUUUACCUGUCAUUUAUCAUGCUCUUGGCUGCCCUGAGCUGGCAGUACCUGAGCACCCUGUCCCAGGUCACAGAAGACUAUGUCCAGAGAGAACACUGAUUUUGUUUAGCCGGAAGUGGAAGUUCCCGUGGAGUGGGUUUUUCCUUUUCCUCCAGCUGGAUUUUGACUUCCCUUGUUUUUCCUCCUACUCUAAAAUCUUUGGGAGAACUGAGUGUGGGACCUUUAGGAACUGGGCAGAGGAAAGGAUGCCUUGCCCUCAGCAGCCUGGUGCUGGCUGGGACUUGGUUCCUCUGCCUCUUGUAGCCACUGGCAGCGUGCCGACUGCUGCACUUGUGAGGCCACGUGUGAUGGUCACAAGAGCCUAGUGAACCUGGCUAGAAUGCUGAUUGGAUUUAUUUAAUUUGAAACAGCCUUUGAAUACCUAUGACAAUAGAAAAUGAAAGCAACUGG